AUGAGCAGGUACACCAGCCCCGUGAACCCAGCCGUCGUCCCCCACCUGACCGUGGUGCUGUUGGCCAUUGGCAUGUUCUUCACCGCCUGGUUCUUCGUGUAUGAGGUCACGUCCACCAAGUACACUCGGGACAUCUACCAGGAGCUCCUCAUCUCCUUGGUGGCCUCGCUCUUCAUGGGCUUUGGGGUCCUCUCCCUGCUGCUCUGGGUUGGCAUCUACGUGUGAGCUCCCACGGGCUCCAGCCAGGCAGCUGCACUGAACCCCUGCUUUUGUAAAUUAAUUUUUUUCCUGUUGCUGGAGGUGUCCCGCCUGCUGUUCACAAU